ACUGACGCGACGUUGCCUUGACCAGGUAUCUCUUUGAUUGUGCGCAUUGUUGCUGUUGCUCGCACGAACAACAGAAUGAGACGACUGUAUGACCGGCACGAAAAUGGACGAUUUGAAUGAUACGAAACCUUCAUCUGCGCUGGACCGCGAAGUACAGCAAGAGAAUGCAGCCAGUGACAUCGCCGCAAAGAUCGAGACUCCCGCGAUAGCCACAAAUGCGCCCGCGCCCACUUCUUUCGCCAUUCUCGCACAGUCUUUGAUAGACCGAGUACUUUAUUUUCUGUCUCAUGCCAGUAACGAGACAAUCGGAGCCUGUCUAGUUGGUUUGAGUGCAAGCACAUAUCUUCUGCUUGGUAGGAUUGGGUUGUUGUUCAUUGGCAUUGCGGGCGGGGUGGUUUUGCAAGCGACAUGGGAGGGCGUGCGGAUUGAUGACCGAGAUGAGAAGACGAAAAGAGAAGAGCAGGAGCGAAGGAGAGAAGCCAGCAUUGAUGUAAUCAGGAGGGUUCUGGAUUACCGGACACUUCGCGGCGCGGCCAAUACAAGAUCGGAGGAUGUCAAAGUCUUUGCGAAUCGAGAGCUGGAUUACUCAGAGUUCAGCCCAGAGACCGAAAAGGCGUUGAAUGUCUUCACUGAUGCCAUAAUCAAGGACUAUGUGCGAUACUGGUACGAGCCGACGAUCCCUGGCGAGGAGACAUUUCCAAAACAAUGUCGGAGAACUCUCACAGCCUUUUUUCUCUCGUUGGGCGGCCACCUUGGUAGGAAGCGCCCUGCGGAUGUCUUGUUGGACUUCCUGUCGAAUUCGAGUUCCAUCAUCGUCGUCUUCUUGACCGAACUGGCGGCAGCGUUGAAUGCCUCACCCAACAUCACCGCGGAGGAGGCCAUUUCCUCGUACAUUAGCUCCAAACCCGACAGCAGUCUUUCCUACAUGCUGGAUCAGGAGUCCCAGACCGAAAAACUGGCUGAUGUAUCAGAAGAUAUUUUGCAGGCCUACUUGGACCCCAAAGCAUACAACUGUCCACCAAUCCACGCCUUCCUCAAAGAAGUGCUUGCGCAACUGGUCCUUGGAUACACCGUGACGCUGUGUUCAGAGCCGAAUUGGAUAAAUGACUGGAUUGUCUAUGGUCUAGAAGAAUCCAAGACCACGAAAGAAGUGAUGGGACUCGUCGAUGCUGGCGUCGAAGGGAAACCACUACCUCUUGUUCCAGAGACACCUACGGAAUCAGCCACAGAGCCAACUCCGACCAUCGAAGCGACUCAACGCAGCGAGAUGAAAUCAGAGCAUAGACGGACGCGAAGUAAAGCCGAGAUCUCCAUGGAUGAAGCCAUGGAAGAAGCUAGACGAUUAACGGCAUUAAUGAUUGCGGAAGAUGAGCGUGUCGCUAGAGAAGAGCGGGAAAGAGUAGAGGCUGCCAGAGAUAUGGCAGAACAGCCAAACGCGGCAACGCAAAAUCGCGGGGGCUCGGAGUCUCAUUCAAAUGUGGAGGAAGAAUCAAUCCUGGAGCCGGUCACUCAGGACAACAUGCCUCGCGAAGAGCCGCCACCUGUACAGUUCACAUCUUUUGAUCAAUUAACAACAACGGCACAACCUACCGCUCUCAUGGAUGAACCUCAAAUACCGGCCGUGAAGGUCUUGGAAAACGAGGAGGUGGCGAAAGAAGCUGUGGCGCUGACGUUGCAUAAUGCCAGCAUUACCAUUUUUGAUGACAGUGUUCCCGGUGAGCGCUCAUCGAUCAAAGCAAAGCCCACCACAGAUUACAUGAUUCAGAUCGAACCCGCACUGUCGAUUUUCUCGGGCUGGAUGAUACCUCGGAAAUAUGCCGAUUUCGAGACCUUGCAUGAGAUCUUGCGUCGCAUCUCGGUUAUUUCUGGUGUUCCUUUCGCGCACGUCGACCUACCCAAGUGGCGGAACAAUACAAAAGCAUCACUCAGGACGGAACUCGAGCGGUACCUAUGUGACGCGAUGCGGCUACAACCACUCGCCGAGAGCGAAGGGAUGAAGCGCUUCCUCGACAAGGACCGCGGCUUGACCAAGUCUGGCGGUAAAGGAUUUGGCUGGCCGACACCAGAUGCGUUCGGCAAAAUUGGCGGCGAUAUGAUGAGCGUCCUCACCAAGGCGCCCAAGCAAGUUGCGGGUGGCGGCAAAGCGGUCUUUGGGGGCAUGGCCGGGCUUGUGACGAACGGAAUCAAGCUGAAUGGCUCGCAAUCGAACAUCGCUCGGAGUGAAGCGGUGACGAUAUCUGACAAGCCAGCACUUGGCACUCCGGCCAAAGAGCGGGCCAGUUUUGGAAGCCCACUGACUGACAGUGUUUCUGGCGACGUCACAUCGGAACGCGAAUCGCAGGAGACGCAAUCCCUUUCUUCUUCACGAUUAUCGAACCGGCGUGGCAGUGUUGCAACGACCGCGAGUGAAGAGUCCCGCGCACUCACACCUGCGACACCGUCGCGGCCCUUCAGUCUAUCCAGCCAAUCUCAACUCACGCCUGCGACAGAACAAUCUCCAGAGUCGUCGAUUGCUGGACUUCGCUCAGCUAGCACGAAUUUGGAACAGGCUAUUCAUCUGCCUCCGCCGCCUUCGGAAAUGCCAGAGGACUACGACGCACCAUCCGCAGUUGGCAAGAAGAGCAUGGCAGCCUCCCACGCUUCUAUCAAGGAACCCACAAACGAUGAUUCAAAUGAUUUGAAGCAGUCGACGUCGUCCCUGACCAUGCCGCAAUACACGAUCAAAAAAUUCUCCAAGCCCACGCCUCCUCCUGCCGAUCCUCUCACAGAACGCGAGACCGCCAUCACCAUCGAACUCAUUUUCGCCCUUAUCACACACCUUUACACACUCAGCCCUAGCACCUGGUCUCUCCGCCGCACCCUCCUCACCGCCGCAAAGACCUUCCUCCUCCGACCAGGCAACCCUCAACUCCUAUCCAUCCGCACGUUGAUCCAGACCUCUCUCCUCGAUGCCAAUCUCUCCGACGCCGGCCUCGCCAGCCAAAUCUAUCAUCUCCGCGAGAACGCCCUUCCGACGGCCGAUGAAACGGAAGCUUGGAAGGCGGAAUAUCCUCAACCUACCGAUGAGCAAAAAAUCGAGACGCGCACGAAGGCGAGGAAGUUACUCGUCACUAAGGGUAUGCCGCAGGCUUUGACGAGCGUGAUGGGUGCGGCGGCGAGUGGAGAGGCUUUGGGGAAGGUUUUUGAUGCCUUGCAGACUCCUGGUGUCGCGAGGGGACUGGUGACGGGGCUCUUAUUGCAGGCGUUGAAGGUUAUUACGAAUUGAUGGGGGGUUUAUUUGUCAUGAGAGGGCCUUUGGUGUUUAGAAAGUGGAAUGGUUCAUACCGCUUGUUCGUGCUGCUAUUCCUCAAGAUAUUGGUGGAUUUGGGAGGUGUUCGAUCUACCAGUCUGCUUGCAUAGUGCGCGUCUCACGAACAUUCGACGAAAUAAAACGUAUAAUCUGGCUGUGUACUGCA